AUGGCUUUAGUUCGUGAACGUCGUCAACUAAAUCUCCGUCUUCCUCUCCCUCCAAUUUCAGACCGCCGCUUCUCCGCCACCUCAUCCCUCACCACCACAACCGUCGCUACCUCAUCCGUCGUCUGUAACGGAAUCUCCGCCGGUGAUCUCGAGAAACUCAACGUCCUCGGAUGCGGAAACGGCGGUAUCGUUUACAAAGUCCGUCACAAGAACACAUCGGAGAUCUACGCUUUAAAAACCGUAAACGGAGACAUGGAUCCGAUUUUCACAAGGCAAUUGAUGCGAGAGAUGGAGAUUCUCCGCCGCACCGAUUCUCCAUACGUCGUUAAAUGUAACGGGAUCUUCGAGAAACCAGUCGUAGGUGAAGUAUCGAUUCUAAUGGAGUAUAUGGACGGAGGAACCCUAGAAUCGAUUCGCGGCGGCGUAACAGAGCGAAAACUCGCCGGAUUCGCUAAACAGAUCUUGAAAGGAUUGAGUUAUUUGCACGCUCUUAAAAUCGUUCAUAGAGAUAUCAAACCUGCGAAUCUGCUUCUCAAUUCGAGAAACGAAGUUAAAAUCGCCGAUUUCGGAGUUAGUAAGAUUUUGGUUAGAUCGUUGGAUUCGUGUAAUUCGUAUGUUGGGACUUGUGCUUAUAUGAGCCCAGAGAGGUUUGAUUCGGAAUCUGUUGUUGCUGCCGGAGGAAGCGAAGAUGUUUACGCCGGAGAUAUUUGGAGUUUUGGAUUGAUGAUGCUCGAGUUACUCGUUGGUCAUUUUCCUUUACUUCCUCCGGGACAGAGACCUGAUUGGGCGACGCUAAUGUGCGCUGUCUGUUUCGGAGAACCGCCCAAAGCGCCGGAGAGUUGUUCGGAGGAGUUUAGGAGCUUUGUUGAUUGUUGUCUCCGUAAAGAUUCGAGUCAGAGAUGGACUGCGUCGCAGCUUCUUGGUCACUCGUUUCUCCGGGAAGAUCUUUGA